AUGGCUCCCAACCACACCAAAACAGACCAGCCCGUCUACCUCCGCAUCUUCGGCUUUGAUCUUCAUUGCGACGCCGUCACGAGCAACGACCACAACACUUCCCAAGUCGACCGCGUAGCUACCUACAAUGCCUACCACACUCAAUACGCUGUACAGCCCUACCACUCUGUCCCCGCAGUAGAACUCUACCGCGAUCAGCGCAACGCUGGGCUACUCUACAUCUUGAUCGCAGCUGGCGCGGCAGCAGCUCUCCGACCACUCUUACCUGCUAGGAACGCCUCCGAUGGCGAAACCGACUACUCCACGGAUGAUAACCUCUCGAGCACCGGGUCUGACGGUUGGGUUGACUUUGGCCGCGGCGAUUUGUACGAGGACAUCUGCGACGACGACGACGACAACAACAACAACAACAAAAACAACGAUGACAACAAAAACCAUACCACCUACGUCAAGAUCAAAUCCAAAACUGGCGCAUCCAGCCGGGUGAAGCCGCCCAUCGUCUCUGCCAAGCAUCUUUCGUCUCGCUCAAGAGCAAAGCACCGCGAUUCUACCACUGACCACCGCGACUUCAUUGUCUGCUUCAUGACGAUAAUAGUCAUUCUGGCGCUGUUGCUACCUGAGCGAACAUUCGUUUUCUGCGAACUGGUGGGCUUCGUACUGGCCGAGGUUGCAUCAAUCUUGAUCGAGGCAAAAAUUCUCCGAUUUGUAUUAGCUGUGGUGUUGUUCACUGUGGCGAGCCUCAAGAAGCAGAACCCGUGA